AUGUCGUCGAUCCAUGAUGUCGAGGAUCAAAAAACACAGACGCCGAAGGGCGUUCUGGAUCUACCAGGCGAACCUAUCGACGCCUACGAAACAGGGAAUAUCCGUGGCGACAGACUUGCCCGCCGCCUGUCAGCUCGACAGGUGCAGAUGAUUGCCAUCGGAGGUACAAUCGGUACAGGUCUUUUUCUAGGUACUGGAAAAUCCCUGGCCACAGGUGGUCCUGCAUCGACCUUGAUCGCCUAUGCGAUCGUUGGAGCCAUCGUUUUCGUGACUAUGCUCAGCUUGGGAGAAAUGGCCGCUUUCAUACCUGUCGCUGGCUCUUUCUGCACAUAUGCAGGUCGUUUCGUCGACGAUUCGUUAGGGUUUGCUCUCACCUGGAAUUACUGGUUCAACGACGCGGUGUCUACAGCUUCGGACAUCAUUGCGCUUCAGCUGUUGCUGCAAUUUUGGACCGACAACUUCCCCGGCUGGGCUAUCAGCUUGAUUUUCCUGCUGGUGGUCAUCGGGUUGAAUCUCCUGUCUGUCAGAGUCUAUGGAGAGGUCGAAUAUUGGCUCAGCCUGCUCAAAGUCAUCACGAUCAUCAUCUUCAUCAUCAUUGGCAUCGUUGUCAACUGCGGCGGCAAUCGAGACCACAAAUACAUUGGCGGCCAGUACUGGCAUAUCGGCGACGCACCCUUUGUCGGCGGCAUCGGAGGUUUUGCCUCGGUCUUCGUGACGGCUUCGUUCGCAUACGGAGGCACCGAAUCGAUCGCCGUCACCGCAGGAGAGACGAAGAACCCUGCGAAGAACCUGCCGCGGGUCGUGCGUAAUGUCUUCUGGCGCAUCUUGCUCUUCUACAUUUUGUCCAUCCUGUUGAUUGGCCUGAACGUGCCGUACAACUAUCCCAACCUGAGCGAGAAGAACACCAGCACCAGUCCUUUCACCAUCGUAUUCACCGAAGCCGGCAGCGCUGUGGCCGGUAGCUUCAUCAACGCAGUGAUCCUGACCAGUGUCAUCUCGGCGGCCAACCAUGCCUUGUUCGCUGGGUCGAGACUAAUGUAUACGCUCGCUGUGGACGGCUACGCCCCCAAGGUCUUCGGCCGCCUCAACCGGUUCCAAGUGCCCUGGGUGGCAGUACUGUCUACCUCGACUAUCAGUGGUCUGUGUUUUGGAGCAAGUUACAUUGGAGCCGGACAGCUGUGGUCGUGGCUGCAGAACAUCGUCGGCGUCUCGAAUCAGUUAUCCUGGAUAUGCAUCGGUCUUGCGUCGUUACGGUUCAGGGCCGGCAUCAAAGCCCAAGGUCUCGAUCACUUGCUUCCUUUCAAGAACUGGACAUAUCCUGUUGGUCCUAUCCUUGCGGUUGGCCUCAAUUGUGUUCUCGUCCUGGUCCAGGGCUGGUCCUGUUUCAGUCCGACAUUCAGCGGCGUUGAUUUCGUCUCCUACUAUAUCGAAAUACCGGUUAUGAUUGUCAUGAUUGUGGCGUGGAAGCUCAUCAAGCGCACUCGUUUCGUUCAUCUGAACGAGAUGGAUUUUGUCACAGACCGGUAUGACCUGCAUCCUGAGCACAAACUGGACCUCGAUGAGAAUGCGGCUGCAGUGGACGGCGUGGGUUCCCGGACGAAGAGAUGGGGUCUGAAAGCUGGCGAGGACAAGACGUGGCUUGGAAGGUUGAAGAGAUUAGGGAUGUGGUUGUUCCUGUGA